AUGUUGAAGAAGAUUGUACUUGCUGGCCUAGUUUCUUCUUCCAGUGCCCACAUCAAAUUGAGAGCACCUGUUCCUUUCCAAUUUCCGGACAAGGAACAUAGUCUGGGUCCCCUCCUGGCCGAUGGCACUGAUUUCCCUUGCAAAAACGCCAUAUACGACGCUCCGACUCCAAGCAACGAAUUUGCUCAGGGCAGCGACCAGACGCUGAAGUUCAUUGGAAGUGCUGCCCAUGCUGGUGGUUCGUGUCAAGUGUCUAUUACGACUGAUCUGAAGCCGAGUAAAAACUCUGUUUGGAAGGUUAUCAAGUCCAUUGAAGGUGGAUGUCCUGGCAAAAAUUUAUCGGACAAUAUUUUGCCGGCCAACUCGGAGCUUCUUACUCCUUUUGAAUAUUCCUACACCAUUCCAAAGGACCUAGCCGCCGGCAAAUACACCCUUGCCUGGACUUGGUUUAAUAAGAUUGGCAACCGAGAGAUGUACAUGAACUGUGCUCCGAUCAGCGUUACUGGCUCUGGCGGUUCCAAGGAUGCCUUGGGAACUUUGCCCGAUAUGUUCGUCGCUAACAUCGGUAAUGGCUGUGGAACCUUGGCAAACACCGAUUUGAAGUUCCCUAAUCCGGGGAAGGAUCUUGAUCAAUUCGGCCAGCAAACCCCAGCUGCUUUGAAGGGACCGACGGGUAACUGCGCUGUCGCCAGUGGUCCCAAGCCGACUGGUGGUUCCCAGCCAACGGGUGCUCCUCAGCCUACUUCUGCUCCUCGGCCUACGUCUUCUGCCGGUGAUGCACCUCCCGCCGACCCCAACGGGACGAUCCCUGGCGGAGUUUUCAUCACCAAAAUCCCAGGACAAGCCAGCCAACCUUCUGUGACAAGCCAGCCACAGACUAGCCAACCUGAAGACACAUGCGAAGAAGAAGCCAGCCAACCCACUGUCACAAGCCAGGCACAGACUAGUCAACCUGAUGUGACAUGCGAAGAAGAAGCUAGUCAACCUGCUGUGACAAGCCAGGCACAGGCUAGCCAACCUAUUGUGACAUGCGAAGAAGAAGCUACUGCUGUGACAAGCCAGCCACAGCCUAGCCAACCGGCUGUCACAACCCAGGCACAGCCUAGCCAACCUGAUGUCGCAAGCCAGGUGCCUGUUCCUACCACUGCCGACAGCCCUCCUCCCACGACCACCGGGACUGGCGGCGGCAACGCGGGGGGCUUCGCUGCUGGCACUUCUUGUAGUACGGAAGGGAUGUGGAAUUGUAUCGGCGGAAACUCAUUCCAGCGCUGUGGUGGCGGCAAGUGGUCUACUCCCCAGGGGGUGGCAGCCGGAACCAAGUGCUCUCCUGGACAGUCACCGGACUUCAAAUUGGAUGUCGUUCAGGCCAACAAGCGCAGUCUUCGCCGCAGUAUGCGCUCCUCUGCAUAA